GACGACUAUUUGAAGGACACACGACACAUGCUAUAACAACGUUACUCCCUCUGUGUCUUUUGUUGUUGUUCCAGAAAUUCCUAAUUGACCACUAUGUCCUUUUCCACCAAAACAUUCAUCGUCUACCUCGUAUCCGGUUUCUCAGUCGCGGUUCUCUCCGCUCUUUACCUCACCCAAAAUACCAAUGACCACAAAAAUUCAUCUCUAUCCCUUCAACUCCAUGGCUCUUACGGAUCCAUAACCGAUAAAACUUGGCCCGAAUUGAAGCCUAGUUGGAGACUUGCUUUGGCCUCAAUUAUUGGUUUUCUAGGAUCUGCUUUUGGAACCGUUGGUGGUGUUGGUGGUGGUGGCAUUUUUGUUCCCAUGCUUACUCUUAUCAUUGGUUUUGAUACCAAGUCUGCUGCUGCUCUUUCCAAAUGUAUGAUAAUGGGAGCAUCAACAUCUUCUGUAUUUUACAACCUAAGAGUGCGUCAUCCAACAAAAGAUGUUCCAAUAUUGGAUUAUGAUCUAGCUCUUCUUUUUCAACCUAUGCUUAUGCUUGGUAUCACUGUUGGUGUUGCUCUUAGUGUUGUUUUCCCUUACUGGCUCAUCACUGUCCUUAUCAUUAUUCUCUUCAUAGGAACUUCUUCAAGGUCUUUCUUUAAGGGAACUGAGAUGUGGAAAGAAGAGACUCUUCUAAAGAAAGAAAUGGCACAGGCACAAACAACUUUUGUUAAUUCUCGUGGGGAACUUCUAAUUGACACGGAAUAUGAUCCGUUGGUACCUAGAGAAGAGAAAACUCCUAUGCAAAUAUUCUGUUCCAACCUUAAGUGGAAAAGGAUUUUGGUGUUAAUGAUUGUGUGGGUUUCUUUCUUACUACUUCAAGUCAUUAAGAAUGAUGUCAAGGUCUGCAGUGUUUGGUAUUGGGUCCUUUUCUCCUUACAGUUUCCUAUUGCACUAGUGGUAUUUUGGUAUGAAGCAAUGAAAUUGUACAAGGAUUACAAGAAGAGGAUGAAUACAGGAAACCUGGAAUGUAUAUGUGAAGCUUCAAUUGAAUGGACUGUGUUGCACAUUGUGUUUUGUGCGCUCUGUGGAAUCUUAGGUGGGACCGUUGGAGGGCUACUUGGUUCUGGAGGUGGAUUCAUUCUGGGCCCUCUUCUCAUUGAGAUCGGUGUCAUCCCUCAAGUUGCUAGUGCAACAGCGACAUUUGUGAUGAUGUUUUCAUCAUCAUUGUCUGUGGUUGAAUUCUACCUACUCAAGAGGUUCCCCAUUCCCUAUGCAUUGUACCUCUUCACAGUGUCUGUUUUGGCUGGCUUUGUGGGACAGUUAUUUGUAAGAAAAUUGCUUAGAAUUCUUGGAAGAGCCUCAAUCAUUGUAUUCAUCCUCUCAGGGGUCAUUUUUGCUAGUGCUCUCACCAUGGGUGUAAUUGGCAUUGAAAGGAGCAUUCAUAUGAUACAGAACCAUGAAUUUAUGGGAUUUUUAGGCUUUUGUAGCAGCCAGUGAUUUAAGAUAUGUAGUGCAAUGGAUGACCCAAAAAGUGCACAUUAUGGAGUCAAUGUGAAAAAGCUUGUAUAAAUUUCAAGGUAGGACAAAGGCAGCGUUGAUGAAUGUUGGUCAAUACCUAGUUGACCAACAAGAAGGAUCCAUUUCCUGCAAGUAAUAAAUAAAGCUAUCAAUAGCAUGUCCUAGAGUCACUGAAGCAGCACAAUUUGAAGUCGAGUGUUAACUACUUGUUAACACUUUCUCCUAAUAGUGUAGCAUCUGUGUGAUAUCUUUAUUUUUUUGAAAAAAAUAUGUUGUGUUGUGUAUUCAUUCAAUGAGUCUGUGAAAGAAGAAGCUUGUGAAUUCAGUGUAUAGUACAAGAAGCAUGUGUAUUCAUUCAAUGUUUAUGUUUCUAUGUGGCCAAUUCCUUGUUGGCUACACUUGAAGGUCACUUUCUGUAUUCAAUAAACAAGGCGUGAUAGCCUUCCCUUCUAUAAGAAUUAGUGGUUGAUUGUUAGCUACUUGCUAACAAUCAUAUCAUUACACUUGUUUAUA